AAAAAAAAUAUAUUAAUAUAUAAAACAUGUGAAUGAUACUAAAUAGCCUAGCAUGUGUAAUAGGUGGGUAAAUCUAGUAAUACUGUUAAUAACACUUUUACUUAUGUAAUUGUUACAUAAUUAACACUUAAUUAUCACCAAAUUGCUAAAAUAAUCACUGCAAUUAUGUUUUUUGUAAUUUCAUCUUAAGCAUACCAUUCAGAGCAACAUCCCGUCCUGCUCCACCCUCUGUAGAUGGGAGAAUGUGAGAAGGUUUUCAGAGGACUGUCUCAAUUAACAUGUAGUUAGGAAGUAAACGCUCCUGACCUGCUGGAGGGAGUGCCUUCAUGUACCCCGCCUAGUGAUGGUGCAGACCAUGUGUAGACAGUCAUAGAAAAGAGUCACAGCCUCAAUUACAGUCACACGCUCUGAUCUGAGGUUCUUGAAAACAUAGUCACAUGGUUUGAAAGGAAAAAAAGAGUCGAGAGGAGGAGGAAGUUGAGACCGGAUAGUAGCAUGCUUACCUGGCAGACAGUUAGUCUCACGUUAUAUUCAACCGCUACUCCUACCAAUGAAUUUACCUGACACUUUUGUGCACUUGGGCACUUGUUGGAGGAACUGACUUGGCCGGUGAGGCCCACGAAAAGGACAUGACACAGAACGGCACUGUAGCCGGCAAUGGCACUCAGACUGAUUCUCUCAAAAUUGUUAUCGUCGGAGACGGGGGUUGUGGGAAAACAUCCCUGCUGAUGGUGUACGCCAAAGGAGAUUUCCCAGAGAAAUAUGCCCCAUCUGUGUUCGAAAAAUAUGUCACCACUGUAUCCUACGGAGGGAAAGACAUUCAGCUGAAUCUCUAUGAUACAGCAGGCCAAGAGGACUAUGAUCGCUUGAGGCCUCUGUCGUAUCAAGAAGCAAACCUUGUUGUCAUCUGCUACGAUGUAACCAAUCCGACGUCUUUCGACAAUGUCACGAUAAAGUGGUACCCAGAGGUGCGUCAUUUCUGCCGUGACGUCCCCAUUGUCUUGAUAGGGUGCAAGACGGACCUGCGAAAGGACAAAGAGAAGACGAGGAAGCUCAAAGCUUUAGAUCUGGAGCCCAUCACAUACCUCCAGGGUGAAGAGACCAAGAACCAAAUGAAUGCUGAGGUAUACCUGGAGUGUUCAGCUAAAUACAGAGAGAAUGUAGAGGACAUUUUCAGAGAGGCAACGAAGCGAGCUCUAUCGGCCAGGGCUAAAGCAAAUCACCGUCGCAAGAAGAAGAAACGCUGCACCAUGCUGUGACCAUUACCAGAAGAAACACAUUUGUUUGAGUUUUGUAUAUAUGAACUAUAGGAUAUUUUGUUAUAAAGCUUCUCAUUGUUUAAGCUUUCACGGAGGAAUAUUUUUCAGGACAUGUGGUGUGCGUUUUCUCAUCUGCCCACUAUGCAAGGCUUACUUUUUGACAGAGGUCACCAGGGUGUGUGUGAUAAGUGUGUAGUGGUCCACACCACAUCCUCCUGCUGGUGUUUCUGAUAUGACUUGAUGCAAUUUGGUCUUGCAUGAUCGUGGAUCCAAUAGUAGAUGGAAAAACUGCUGCUGAUGUUUUAGGGAUACAUCACAUGGUCAUAUUUUCAAUUUAUUUACAGUCUGUGUUGUUUAAUAAUAAUAAGGCUCAACUAGCUGAAGUAACAGCCACUGUGUUACACUGCGUGUGCAGUUCACGAUACAGUUAAAAAAUUUUAAAACCUUGCGUUACAGUAUUUUGGCCAUAUAUUAUAUAAACUUUCUAAACAAAAAAGGUACUGUGAUGUGCAAAAUAAUCCUGGGGAUUUGUAGAAAUAUCAGUCUGUGUGUAGACCACCACCAUUAACAACGUUUUAACAGUUUUGAUUCUCACUAAGACUUUAUCUCGAUAACUCCUUUAAAUCUCACAUAGGCACCAGAAAGUAUUGGAUCAUUUGAAAACCAUUUGCCUGACAGUGUAUAUUGUACAAAUAAACCCGUGAUAUUUUAA